UUCCUGGACCAAGUAACUGCUGGAAACCUCGGGAUCUUCUGAUGAGAGAACCUCAGGGGUUCAGGAGUAAGCCCCAGCAGAAGACAAGGCAGGCAGGCAGCCAGCCAUCAAAUCCGCUGAUGUGCUUUCAGCGAAGGGAGGGAAGAUCCACGGUCAGGCUAUUUCGCAGCAGCGACUGAAGCAGGCUCCUUUUCCGCUAAGUGCUGUUGAUGUUUGGAGGGAUUUCCAAAGCCGACAUCUUCGGUCGAGUGGUCGAGUGAUGUCGUCGUCUUUGUGAAUCAAGCUCGCUUGUCCGUCGACGAGGGUAGUAGCUCACACGCUCACACCCAUGGCUCCGAUGCUCCAACACUCAAAACACUUUCACGACCUGGCUGCUCCCUCGUCCACCUUCCUGCCGUACUGGCUUCAAGAUCGCUUCAGAGGCUUCUCGAGUUGCCACGAAUCGUUCUAGCGACUGUCGAUAGUGAAAAAUGAAGCGAUAGUGAAAGAGGCAGCGAUUCUGACAGAUAGACUCCCGAAUAAGCUACAGUCACGGCUCAGCAAACCUUCAUGACUAGGCAUGGCUAUAUCGCCACCCGGUGUCACGGGCUUGGCGCCGAGAGUCUUGCUUAGAGCAUCCACUGGUACGACGUUAAGUGCUAGUGCUGAGAGCGGCUUCUCGCUAAGCGUCACUAGGGAAGCUUCCGUAGGAGAGAUCAGUUUCUCGUCGCCGGAUGACUGUAGGGUUGCUCCGCAGAUUUCAGCUACUGCGACCAUCGAUCGUUCCUGGGACACCGUGUUAGACGCUGAGCUGAACGGGUUGCUGCGAAGAAAACACCUUACUGCGUGUAAUGCUUCUGGCUGCGACGGCGACAUGGAGGUCUCAGAUCGCGCGCCGAAAUUCGCGAAGGAAAGUGACGAUGAUGUUUCGCACAAGGCUUGUGCGGAAUCUACAGACGAGGUUGGAGCUAGUGAGAGUUGGAGUCCCUCUGGAGAGUCUGACGGCGAGGAAGGAGCAGGAGCAGAGGCAGCGCCGAGCCGUGGUGCCGUCGAGGCUUCAGGUGAUGGGAGGCAGCAUGAGGAGGAGCUUCGUGUGCCGGAUUCAGUCGAUACCGCUGCUGAGUCUCUGACCGUGGCAGAGAAAGCAGCGAACGCAGAUGAAGCAGAGGAAAGAGAGGAAGCAGCGGAAGAAGAGGAAGCAGAGGAAGAAGAGGAUGCAGAGGAUGCCGGAACAGAGACUCAGGCCGUGCAAUUCGAGCUUGCUUUCAAGAAGAUGUCACUUGACCCCAACGCAGCUGAGUUCACCCCAUCCUUUGCGCCUUGCCCAUCAGCAGCAGCUGCGACGUCAGCACCAUCAGACCACACGCCUGACGCCUCUGCUGCUUCUGCUGGUGUCUCCGCUGCUGGCUCUUCCGCCAAGGUUUAUGCUCCGCCCCCUUCGUUUGCCGCUGAUGCACCAAGUUGCCCCCUCCUCUCCAUCGGCACAAUUCCUGCCGCCAAUCCCAACAGUCCGUUCCCUGCGAUUUCUCAGGUUGUUCCUAUAGGACCGCGGGGGUCCUCUCCCGUGCCUCCACGUGGCAGCAGCCGAUGGGAGAACGCUUGGAGUGGACGCGGGGAGAGAAACUCCCGUGGAAGGCAGAGUGGGGGCAAGAGUGGGGGGCAGAGUGGUGGCAGCAGGAGCAGCAGCUCUGGCAGCAGCAGCAAGCAUGGGAGCGUGGAGGAUGUUAAAGCUUUUCCCAUGAAUGCAUUAGGCGCUUAUCAUGACUCGCGUUUGUCUGGUACCGAUCGUUCUGCUGCUGUUUCGCCUGGUGCUGCUGCUGUUGUCACUGAAUUCGCGGCUGCCUUUCAGCACUCCUUUCAGCACCCUUUUCCUGCUGCUGCACCAUACCAGGUGGCUGCGAUGUACAGCGCUCCUUACAGUCUCGCUAUACAGUAUCAACCCUCACCUUUUCAGCAGCAGCAGCAGCAGCAGCAGCUUCAGAUGCAGCAGCAGCAGCUUCGGAUGCAGCAGCAGCAGCCGCAGGGAGUUGCUCCUACUGAAUACUUCCAGCAGUCACAAGAGCCAGUACAGUCACAGCCAGCACCGAUAUACUCACAUCCGUUUGUGCAUACUAAUCCCUACUUACAUGUACAGCCACAGGCACCUACACUCGCACACAUGGAGCCAUAUCACGGCUUCAGGGCUCCUUAUAUGGGGUAUGGAAUGGGGGAGGAUCUGGUGCCUCCUCCCCCUCCCACGCCCCCCACUCCCAUGGCUACAGCAGAUGACAGGGUCUCUCGAGUGGUCAUGCUCUCUCUGUUGCCAUCACCUGAGCAACUACCUGACUCCGUUCUGGCGCAAGAGAUAGAGAAGACAUGGGGCCCUCUGAGGUACCUCGACCUAUCCCGUCGCAGGGACGGCAUCGCCACAGCACACUUCUUCGACCUGCGCCACGCCAAGGCGGCGCUGCGGGACGUGCAGCAGCAGCACGUGCUGCAGCAGCAGCGCACGCACCACCGCAUCCUCCUGCGCCUGCGCCAGAUGCAGGAAAAUCUCUCCCACCGCCGCCCCCUCCUGGAGAACGUCGUUCAAGACCCCUACCGCCCGCUGCCAAAUGAGCCUGUGCCGCUGAAUGGGCUGGGGAUGGUGGGCGGGUGGGUGGUGUGGGCGCAAGCUGUUGACCCUGAUGGGUGUGGGUGGGAGGGGGAGGUGAAGGGGGGUAGGGGUGGGAGGGAGUUUGGGGGAGGAGGUGGAGAGAGCUGCAGUGCGGUGCAGCAGCGUCACCAGCGACAGAAGUCGCAGUGGCGACCGCAGCAGCAGCAGCAGCUCCAGCACAAGCAUGAAGUGCCAUGGCAGGAGCGCGGAGGGCAAUGGCAUGUGAACCAUGGGUGCCUGGUGGUGUUCAACGUUGAGCCGUCUGUCUCCAUGGACUCGCUGCGAGCACUCUUUGAGACAUGCGGAGACGUCAAGGAGGUCAGGGCUGCUCCUUCCAAGAAGCUUCACCGCUUUGUGGAGUUUUUUGACAUGCGGGCAGCGGCCCAUGCGCUGCAGAAGCUGACCGGGACAGAGCUGGCGGGCAGGCGGAUAAAAGUCGAGUUUGCACGGCACGGAGUCAUGACUGGGUCAGCAGCAGCAGCCGCAGCAGCAGAAGGAGGAUCAGGAGGAGUGGACGCAUGGCAGGGGCGCCUACGGAAGGAAUGGUCCGCGUAUGGGAAACGAGGGGGCACAUCCAGUGCUCGCACUCACAGCGGGAGUGGCAGCAGGGGCGGCAGCAGGGGCAGCAGCAGCUCAUCCAGUCAGGCGUCUUUGACCUCCCCUUCUCAGAAGCCUGCGUCGCCCUCCCAUGCAUCCACUGUGACCAGCUGCUCCUCGCACUCGCCCUCUCAAUCGCCCUCUAAAUCGCCCACACGUGAUUCACCGUCGUUCAAAGACGAGUCAGUCUUGGCGUCGCGUGAGUCAGCCUCGCCCACACGUGAGUCGGAGGCACAAGAGGGAGCCUCUUCAGACCGGGGCCGCACGGAGGGGGCGGCAGAAGGGUUGCUUUGCGAGGCGCCCCAGAAACUGUCUCAGGUCUCGAGAGUUCCAGGGCUCGAGAGCUCUGGUGAUCGGGGCGACACCGACGCACAAGGAUUGCUGCUUUCCGGGGCAGCUCACCGCCUGGGCGGCGCAAGAAAGGACGAAUUGAGUGAGCCGGCAGCUAAAACUUCCAUAUCGUCCAUAGAGGAGGGGUCUGCAGCUGAAGUCGAGCGAGUGCCUGAGGAAUCACCUGAGGAAUCACCUGAGGAAUCACCUGAGGAAUCACCUGAGGAAUCACCUGAGGAAUCAUCUGAGGAAUCACCUGAGGAAUCACCUGAGGAAUCACCUGAGGAGCCAUCUGAGGAGCCAUCUGAGGAGCCAUCUGAGGAGGUACCUGAGAAAACAUCUGCAGACUUAUCUGCCACCUCCUUAGGGGACAGAACUGCAGAAACUGAAUCAGCGGCCGAUCCGCACUCAGCAGCAGCGGCUGUUGCAGCGUGCCCCAGCACGGCAGUGAAUAGCAACCCCAGCAGCAGUACUCCAGUCGGCAGCACACCCAUUAGCAGCACUACUGUUAGCAGCACACCUGUUAGCAGCACUCCCGUUAGCAGCACACCUGUUAGCAGCACUCCCGUUAGCAGCACACCUGUUAGCAGCACUCCCGUUAGCAGCACACCGGUUAGCAGCACUCCCGUUAGCACCACACCUGUUAGCAGCACACCUGUUAGCAGCGCAGCAGCGAGCACCCAGAGCUCGCCAGACACGUGGAGGUCAGACAUGAGCGCUCAGAGCACCACCAGCAGCGGCAGCCGCAUUGGCAGCAGCAGCAGCGGCACCAGCAGCUUUCCCACUGGUUGGCGCUUGCAGGCCUCACCUGUGACCCCUCUGCCGCAUGCUCCCAUUCUCCCUCCACCGGAUCCUGCACACUCGCACUCGCACAGGCAUGGGCACGGGGACGGGCAUGGGCAUGGCAGUGAUGGCAGAGAGAGCGCAGUUGGCAACGGCUACAGCUAUUCCCACCACCCACAAGCGCACUUCUCCCCUGCCGCGCCUGCAGCCACGCCCCCCUGGUUCCACCCUCCGUUCCCCACCGGGCAUACCUUCUUCCCACCGCCCUUCCUCCAACCACUCCAGCCAUUGCACCACCCUGGACACCCACACGCCUCUGAGGCCCCACGCAUCGCCGCUGCUCCUCCCAACCCGAGCCCGAGCCCACCUGGCACGCAUGCCUUUAUCCCGGGUAGCCAGCCCAGGGGCGGUCAGUAUGGGGGGCAGCAUCACAUGCGUGGGACCCACGAGGGGCAACAGCAGCAGCAGCAGCAGCGCUACCACCACCUCCACCACCAUCAUCCCAUGCCCUACGACGCCCAUCACGCCCCUGUGCCUGUGUUUCAGCAGCAUUCCCUUGCUGCGCUCUCUCAAGCCCAAUCUCCCCUUGUGCCUCACGGCGCGCCCUCCUCCAAGCCACAGCUCCAAGUCCAAGGCCCAGCCCCUGCUGUGUACCCCCCGGGCUUCUCAGGGAUGCCGUACCCUUCACCUGGCAGCCUUUACCCCUCGCCUCAUCCCACCUCCUUCCCCUUCCCCUCUGCUGCACCGCUGCUGUUCGCUUCAGGGCAGCCUCACGCGUCUGCCCAUGACUCUGGCGUGCCCCCUCCUCCUUAUGGUCAUCCUCCACCAGCUGCAGUGCCUUCUGGCCAGUCUCCUCUCCCCUCAUUCCCCCCCUCUCUCUCGGCCUCUCCUCUCUUCCCGGGCACACCCACUGCACCCGAGUCGCCUGCUUAUGCUGCUUCCCCUGCUGCUGCCCCUGCCGCCCCUGCUGGGUUUCCCAUGUACGCCUCUGCUGCACCAGCAACAGUGGGUGUGGGGUAUCCUCCAAUAGGAAUCGCCGGAGCGGCAACGGGUUUGUUUCCUCCUGCCCGUCCCGGGCAGAUGCUGAUGAACUGGCAGGGGGCUAUGGGACAUGGCGGCGUGGGAGGGGGCGGAGUGGGAGAAAGGGGGGCCAUGGGCGGAAUGGGGAUGGAAGCGGCAACAGGGGGGGGGAAAGCGAUGGGAGUGGACAGCAGGCGGGGUGGGAUGGAGAGAUGGGGCGGUGGUGCAGUCAUGGGUGGUAAUCUGCAGUACCGACAUGCCCAUGGGCAUGGGCAUGGGCAUGGGCAUGUGUAUGGCCAUAUCCACGUGCAUGGUCAUGCCCACAGGCAUGGAGACUGGCAGCAUGCCAUGGGGGGCGAUGAAGAUGACAUGGCAGAGUUCGCGUUUGUGGAGGAGGCGGCAGCAACAGUGGCCAGGAGGGAGGCAGCCCAGCUGGCUGCCACAUCAGCGGAGAGGACACGUCAGCAUGGAAGGACAGCUGGUGCUUCUGCAGCAGCAGCAGCAGCAGCAGCAGCAGCAGCAGCAGGAGGGGAGAGUGCAGGUACGGGGAAGGCAGAGGGAGGGGCGGAGGUGCAUCACACCCUGACAUGCUUGACGGAUCGAGCGCUGACAGACUCCACUCACUCGAAAAGCACAGGCCCUGCUGGUGUGGGCACGCUUAGGGUGGUGCCUCCCUCGAGUGUCAGCCUGGAGGAGAGCGAAGGGGAAGCGAAGGGAGAAGGCGAGCAGGACAGGCGAGUGGGGGUCGCUUUCCAGCAGGAGAAGCAGCAGAGUACGGCUCAGGUGGAAUCUCAGGAGGAUGGUCAGAUGCUGGGUCAGGUGGCGGGGGUGGCAUCGGGGCGGCGGGACGGCACACGGACAACAGUGAUGGUGCGCAACAUCCCGAACCGCUACAACCAGGCCAUGCUGCUGGCGCUGCUGGACGCGCACUGCCUGCGUUGCAACUCCCAGUCGCAGCGCCGCACAGGGCGGGCCAGGAGUGGCAGUCAUGUUGAUGGUUCUGCUGCUGCUGCUGCUGCUGCCGGUGGUGGCACUGAUGGAAAUGGUAGUGAUGGUGGGGGCCUAGAUGGCAGUGAUUCUGGCAGUGACAGCAGCAGCAGCAGCGGUGGUGGUGGUGGCGUGGCAGAGCAGUGCUGUGAGCCGCUCUCUGCUUAUGACUUCGUGUACCUUCCAAUCGAUUUCAAGAACCGGUGCAACCUUGGGUACGCAUUUGUCAAUUUGACAACGGUGACGGGGGCACUGCGGCUGUUCCGGGCGUUCCACCUGCAGCAGUGGGAGGCCUUCAACUCGCGGAAGGUCUGCCGCGUCUCGUACGCCCGCGUCCAGGGCCGGGCAGCGCUGGAGGAGCAUUUCCGCAACUCUCGCUUCGCAUGCGACACGGAGGAGUUUCUCCCGCUCGUGUUCUCCCCUCCCCGCAACGGCAUUGCCUGCCCUCCCCCAGUCCUUGCUGCCGGCCACAUGGCAGGCCAGCAGGUAACACUGUCUGGUAACCAGCACCUUGCCCUCACAUCCGACCCUAGGUCCCCUCACCGUGAUGUUUUGAACCCAGGGCUGCUGCCUGGCAUGGGUUUCAGAGCACAUUCCUCUGCGACUAGUUCGGUUGUGACUUCAAGGAGUAGCUCUGCCAUUCCUUCUAGGAGCAGUUCUACCAUCCCCUCUAGGACUAGCUCUUCUAUUUCCUCUAGGGCCGGUUCUCCACACUCAACUGGGUAGUAGUGUUUCACCGGAGAUGCUUGAGAGUAUUAGAGUGGCCCUAAGCCUCCUAUUUAUAAUAAUGCCUGACCAAAGCCAACUCGAAUGGGAGGCCAAUAGAAUGGUAAACGUGAC